AUGGCCGCCGCCUUUGACCCCGCGGCGCUCGCCGCCGCCCCCGACGGCGGGGCCGCCCUCCUAGAAGCCCUCAUGCACGGCGCCGCGCGCGCCGGCGACGCGCCUCUCCUCAUCCAGAUCGCCGCCGCCGCGCAGCUCAGCGGCCUCCGCCUGAGCGGCCCCGCGCACCGCGCGCUGCUGCACGUGCUCUGCAAGGCCGGCCGCUUCGGCGAGGCGGGUGCGUGGCUGCAGGACCGCGUCGCGCCGGGCGCGCUGACCUGGGAGGUGGUCGCCGCGGUCGCGCGGCCCGCGGAGCAGGCGGGCGAGACGGCGGCGCUGCGGGCGGCGCUCGACCUCGCGGAUCGCAGGGCGGUGCCCGACCCGGAUUUGGGGCUGGCCGGCGCGCGCCUCGCGCUCGCCGCCGCCGAUGGCGGCGUCGACGGCGUCGCGCGGUGCUGGGAGGGCCUGGUGGCUGGCCUCGCGGCGCGCAGGGCGCGGCCGGGACCCGCGCUGCUGGCGAGGCGGCUGUUCGCGCUGCACGGGAUGCGUGCGCCGGCGGAUACCCACGCCACCAUGAUGGCGGGCGCGGAGGAGCUGCUGGCGGCGCUGGAAGCCGCGCGGGCGCAGCAGCAGCAGCAGCAGCAGCAGCAGCAGCAGCAGCAGCAGCAGCAGCAGCAGGAGCAGGAGCAGCAGCAGGAGCAGCAGGAGCAGCAGGGGUCGGCGGCCGGACAGGACGGCAACGCGUCGCCCGCUGCGUUCGCCGUCUGGGGCUCGGCCGCGGAGCAGUGGCUGCCUGGCGGGCCCGGCGCCCAGCCCGGGCCCGCCGCCGGCGCCGGCUGCUUCGCCGGCGCGCCGCUGGCCGCGCCGCCAAUGUCGGCGGACGAGGAGGCGGCGGUCAAGGCGCUCGACGCGGCGGCGGGCGUGGCCGCCAAGAUGCUGGACGAGGCUGGCGUCGCGCGGCUGGGCGCGCGGCGCGCGGCGCUGGGGCUGCCGCCGACGGCGCAGCUGUACCGGGCGCUGCUGAAUAUGGCCACGUGGGGGCGCGGCACGCCAGAGGACUGCGAGGCCCUCCUCGCCGAAAUGCUCGGCUGGGGCGUCGCCCCCGACCUGCGCUGCUACGAGGCCCUCAUUGACGCCCACGCGCACCACGGGGACGGCGCCGCGGCGGUGCGCGUGCUGGACCGAAUCGAGGCCGCGGGGCUGGCCGCGACGCACGAGACGUACCGGCGGCUGCUGCACGGGCUCGGCGCCACCGGGGACCUGCGGCGCGCGGCGCAGGUGUAUGCGCGCCUGAGGGCCACGGGCGUGGCCCCGGACAGCGCUAUUCUGGGGCGCCUGUUCAGGGUGGUGCGCAACCAUGCGCAGCUCGUGCGCACGGAGAGCAGCAGGAGGAAGGCGGCGCUGCCCGGCAUCGACGCGUGA